CAGGAGACGGAUUUUGUGAAAUAAAAAAGCAACCUGUCCACGGAGAACUCACACAGUUUGCUUUGGGUUUGAAUUGAGCUGUUGUCCCUCCUGCUGUCAGGGCCACCAUGCUCAGCCGACUGGCCCAGGGGGUGAACUCCGUCCUGCAGGAGCUCUCUGGAGAGGAGCCUCCAGACGGGACCGCUCAGGAGGGUGGCCUGGUCCCCCAGCCCCUGCCUGAUGAUGGUGGCGAUGAGGAGGUGGCCCCGCUUGGGGAGCUCGGGGCCCCGGCCGACGAAACCCUGGAGAGGCUGGCCCAGACGGAGCAGCUGGUGGUCCAGCUGAAGGAGCUGAUCAGGGAGAAGGACAACCAGCUGGCCGGCACCGAGAGGCGGCUUAAGGAGGAAAAAGAAGCGGGGGAUGCACGUUUUACAAAGCUCAAGCUGCAGGCCAAAGCCAAGAUGGCUGCUCUGAACAAACAGAUUGGAGAGCUGAAAGGACAGGAGGGGCUCAACGUCAGUCAGAGCUCAGAGGGCUCCUUUACAAUGGCGCCGGGCGUUGAGGAAGAGCUCCAGCAACUCCGAGCCAAACUCCAGGAGGAGGAGUCGGCCUCCAGGGCCCUGAACGAGCGGCUUGAGGCGGCCGAGCAGCUCCUGAAUGAAAAGGAACAGGGUCACGCUGAACAGGUGCAUCGACUGCAGGCGGUGAUCGGAGAGAAGGACGUCCGCUUUCAGGAGCAGAUCCAGAAGCACGAGGAGGAGCUGCUCGGAGUGUCCGCCCAGGCCCCGGCGGAUGCGGAGCUGCAGCAGGCACUGCGGUCAUCGCAGCGACGGGUGGAGGAGCUGGAGGAGUCGCUCCAUUCACGCCAGCAGGUUCUGGAGAUGCUGCAACAGGAACUCAACAGUGCUGAUCAGCAGAAACAGAUCCUGACCGCACAGUUCCGUCAGAUGGAGGCGGAGCUGGCUGACGUGUGCAGGCAGAGGGAGGAGGAGCGGCACCAGUGGACGCAGCACGUGGCCCAGACCCAGGUGGAGCUGGGCGCCCUGAGGGCCGGCCUGGAGGCCUCCGAGAGGCAGAGGGAGGAGGCCGAGGCGCGGCAGGAGACCGCGGCCCAGGAGCGGGCUGCGGAGAUGGAAGAGCUCCGGGCACAGCUGGCCGCCACGGCGACGGAACGGGAAAACAACGACGUCUUCAAGGGCGAGCUGGUGGCGCUGCGAUCCAGCUUGGAGUUCGCGCUGGGCGAGCGGGAGGAGGUGAUGAGGACGAUGGAAGAGCACGCGGAGGCGAGAGAUGCGGAGAUGCUCAUGCUCCGAGAGCAGCUGGCUGUGGCGGAGAGGGAGAAGCAGGAGAGGGCGAGGAGAGAAGGCGAGGAGGUGCAGAGGCUCGAGGUGGAGCUGGCCGCCCUCAGAAAGAGCCUGGAGGCGGGGAAGGAGACGCAGGGCGAAGGAGUCCACCUCAAGGACACCCUGGGUGAGCUGUGGAGGCGACUGCACUCUCUGACCGCGGGGCCUGCGGAGGGGCUGGCGGAGGAAGACGAGGGAACCGCGGCAGCGUCCGUCCCCAGCGACCCUGCCGAGUGUCUGGCUGCCCUUCAGGCUCUGGAGGCCAUGAUGCAGCGUCUGAGAUCCGAGCGGGAGGAGAGAGAAGCACAGCUGGACCAGGUUACAGUCGGCAUGGCCUCUCUCAGAGGACAAUUGGAUAAAAACACAACUGAAAGGGAAGAAGCAAUUGCCAGGAUACAGGAACUGGAACAGCAAAUAAACAAUCAGGUCGCCGGUGAGUCAGCAGGAGAGCAUGUGACUGACCAGUCCCAGGAGGAUUUGACGAGGGCGGACACAGAUACAGCAGAAGGACAAGUCGAGGUAAACGGUCUGCAAUCAAACAUCUUGGCCUUGGAGCAGCAGCUGCAAGAGAAAGAGAAUGAACUUGUUUUCCUCAAGGAACAGCUUGCCAUCUCAAGUCAGCAAAUCAUUGAAUGCCAAGAGCCUGGGAAGGAGCAGAGCAACGAGGCCACCUCUCUUAUGCAAGACAGCAGUGGAGCCCUGCCAGACCCACUAGACGACACAGCAGAGGAAGAAACAACUCUUGUGGCAGACGAGUCAUCUAUUAUGUACACCUCUGCUGAUAACGGGAGCAGUCCUGAACUCAUUCAGCCUCAGACUGAAUCCCCGGGAGAGUCCAAAGGUGCUUCCUCGGAUGAGAUGGUCACUAGCAGUGACUCUGAAGUGGCCCACAGCAGCUGGACCCUCUUGGAGGCGGUCAAUCAGGAAGGUGGUCAGGACUGGCCUUCUGUAAUGCAAGACCUAAGCCAGCUGCACAUGCAGUCUUGGGAGGAAAGUGCUGAGCAGGAUAGGUCCACUUCCUCCAUAGUGCAGGUGGAGUCAUCAUCAGUUGUCAUCCGAGAGACAGUACAGGUGAACGUAAGCCAGCAGAUGGCCUCCCUUGUGGAUGUAGAGUCUGGUCCUAGUCAAGCUUUUGCUCAAGCCUUGGCAGAUGAGCUCCAGAAGAGGUACAGUGAACUGCUGGCUGAGUUGGAGAAACUGAGAGCUUCAGCUUCUCAAUCUGAAGAAAAGGCCCUGGGGCUUGAAGAGCAGCUCCAGUCUGUCACUAUCAGUAGGGAAGAGGCAGAGACCAGGGCUCUGAGCUACGAGGAGGAACUGAGGGCUGUUAAGGCUGAGAUGGACAUGCUGCCUCAGCAGAGGGAUGCAGUAAAGGUCUUGGAAGAGCAGCUGGCCAGUUUGGAGUCAGACUCUCAAACCAAAGAGCAGAAGAUCCUUGGUCUGCAGGCAGACUUGGAACAGGCUCAGCGUUCACUUGGUGAGCAAGAGGGCCAGGCUAGGAUGCUUAGCGCUCAGCUGGAGGACAAGGAGCUCAGUGCUGCAGAGCUGGAGAGAAAGCUUGAGGAGGUGGAGUCAAGACUGUUGGAGGUCACCCAGGCCGAGGAGCUGGCAGAGACCUCCCUCAGUGAAAAAACGGCAGAGAUUGAAGACCUGCAGGUGCAACUAUCCGAGAAGGAACAGGAGAUGAUGGAGCUGCAUGACAGCAUAAGUGCCAAACUGCAGCAAGCUGGCGAGGAGAAGUUCCAGGUCUCCAGUGAGGUCAAGAAGCUCAAACAGCAGAUUUUAGAGAUGGAGAGUGUGUCAGGUGAGCAGAGGAAAACGGAAGGCAAGGAGGAUGUUACCAAUGACGGUGAAGAACUUGUAGGCUUGCGAAAAGAGAGAGAGAGCUUGUUACAGAAGAUGUCUACUAUGAAAAAGGAUGGAGACUUGAUUAAAAGGAAAUUGCAGGCAGCUCUGGUGCAGCGUAAGGACCUAAUGAAGAAGGUUGCUGCCUUUGAGGCACAAGCAGAGAAAAGCAAAGAGCAAGGUGAAGAUGCAGAUGUUAAACCCUGUGGCUCUCCAACUGAUGAGAUCAGAGAGAAAGAGGAGGAGAUACAGAGAAUGAAAGUGCUGCUAGAAGAAGCUAGAGAGACUAAGAGGUGCAAAGAAGAGGCCGUGGAGAAGCUUGAACAUCAAUUGUCAGAGCAGGAGAAAGCCUUGAUUGCGGUAAAUGCAGAAAAUCAGAGACUGGCCGAGGAGAUGAACAGUAUGAGCCAGAGCCAGAGCCAGAGCCAAGUACCACAGGAUGAGGAAGAGAAGGCAAGUCUGCAAAUCAAAGUAGGGUCCCUAGAAUCUGACCUUGAAAGGCUUCAGAAGAAGCUUCAGGAUGCUGAGGAGGCACGUAAGGACACCAUCCGCAAAGCUAAAGAGAAAGACCGCCACCACCGCGAGCAGCUGAAACAACAGAGGGAAGAUCACAACGCCUUUCUGGAGCGCUUUGAGGCUCAGAGUGGACAGUUGGAUGACUUACUCAAUCGACUGAAGGAGCUGGAGGACCUGCAGAUGCUGAGAGUGGAUGAGGAGGCAGCACCGCAGAGAGUUCAGGCUGAACCUCUGGUCGAAAAGCCAGAGAAAUCAGUUUCCAGCGACUGGGCCCAGGAAGACUGGGUGGACUUUGCUGCUCCUGAGACAGAAGCACAGCAGAAAGAAGCAGAGGACCAGACAUCAUCUUUAACACCAGCUUCAAUACCAACACCAGCAGUAAGCAGCGAAAAUGAGCCCACCUUCAAAGCUCUCAGGGAGGAAAUUGAGGCUGAGCAGGCUUCCCGUGCGGAGCUGGAGGGCUGCUUGAAGGAGACCCAGAAUUCUCUGUCACUCAGAGAGGCUGAGAUUCUUGAGCUAGGUAAAGAGCUACAGACACUGAAGGAAAAAGACAAGCAGAUUGAUAUGCUUUCUAAUGAACUGGAAGCCUUAAGGGAGAAAUGUGUCCAGGCUGAGGCACAUGCGGAAAUGCUGAAACAGGAAGUGGAAGAGGUCACAACGGCGGCCAAGGCAAGCCUCUCCGACUCAGCCACUCCCUUUGCAUUGCUGCAGGCCGAGGCGGAAGAGUUCAAGCAAUUCCUAAAUGAAAAGAAUGAUGAGAUCAUGAAUCUAAGCCAGCAGUUGUCUGACCAGAACAGUUUACUUCAGAAGAUGCAAGAGACUGUGUCAGAGAAGGACAAGCUCAUUAACUCCCUCCAGGAAAAUUUGACGGCAGAACAGGAGAAGAGUCAGCGGCUCGAGGCCGAGGUCCCUUUGAGGCAGGAGGAGGAGAAAGGCAGCAAUGCUAAACUCCAACAGCUGCAGCGAAAGUUCCAAGCCGCUCUCAUUUCUCGAAAGGAGGUUUUGAAAGAGAACUCAACACUAAAAGAAGAGCAUGCUGCUGCAGAGAAGACUGUGUCGGAGCUACAGAAGAAACUUGAGGAUGGAGAGGCAGAGCUUAGCAAGCUGAGAGCGGAAAGAGGGAGGCUGAUCGAGGAAGUGGAUCGAAGCCUAGUGGAGAACCAGAGCCUUGGAGCUUCCUGUGAAAGCCUCAAGCUAGCUAUGGAUAGCUUGCUGAGUGAGAAGGAAGCUUCUAGACAGCAGGCGGAAUCAGCAAAAGAGGAAGCUGCACAAGCAUCCCGUGAAUGGGAGGAAAAGGUGCAAGGCAUGAAAGAUGAGUAUGAAACUCUGUUGAAAUCCUAUGAGAACGUCAGCGAUGAGGCAGAGCGAGUGAGACGAGUUCUUGAAGCUGCUCGUCAGGAGAGACAGGAAGUGGCUGCCAAGGCCCGUGCCCAUGAAAGUGCCCGACAAGAAGCUGAGAAAAUGGCUGAGGAAUCACAGAAGGAGGUAAAUGCUGUGAAGGACAAGAUGAGGAAGUUUGCAAAGACCAAACAGCAGAAGAUUUUGGAACUAGAGGAGGAGAAUGAACGGCUUAGGGAACAAGAUGAAAGGGGUGGGAUUAGAAGGGACGACAGGGAGUUGAAGAAGGAACUCCAGAGAGUAAAGGCUGAGUUGGAAACACUCAGAGCGGAGUUGGACUCUACCAAGACUCAGCGAGACUCUUUGGAACAGCAGACAGUAGAGCUGAUGCAACAGUUGAGUGAAGAGAAGGAGAGGGUGACAUCAGAGACAGCAUCCUCAAGCACAAGUGUUCCGGUGGAGGAGGUAGUAGUAGCACAGGAGUCAAGUGUAGCGCUGACUGAAAUGAUCCAGGAUGUACCUGAUAGUCCACCACAGUCUACCACAGACGUUGAUCAGAAGGAGUUACCACCACAAUCUGAACCGUCUGUGGAGUCUGGACCAGAACCUGUGGAGUCAGCAGAGGAGACACCAAAGAUUGAGGCGAUUGAAGAUGCUCAGGACCAAACCCGGGACCAUGUGAGGGAGUUGGAGGCCUCGCUCCAAACAGCACAGCAUUCAGUGAAGGAGCUCGAGGCUGCCCUGGAGGCAGAGAAGCAGUCAAGGGCAGAACUGGAGGCUGAGAUUACUUCUCAGUUAACCUCUCUAGAACAGCAAUUAGCAGAGGCCAAAGGGAAAGAAGAUGCCCUCCAAGAGGAGAUCUCAAAGAGGGAAGAGCAGCUGAAAGAACUUCGCACUAGCCUGGAAGCUGAGAAGGAUGACCUGGAAGAGCGCCUGAUGAACCAGCUCGCACAACUAAAUGGGAGCAUCGCUGGCUACCAGCAAGAGGCGGCCGACAGCAGGGACCGCUUAGCAGACCUCCAGCGAGAGGUUGAGAGGCUGGAGCAUGAACGAGCAGAACUGGAAGCGCUGGCAGAUAGUGAGAAAGAUCGAGCAUGCCGGUUGGAGGAGGACAAACGUCAGGCACAGAGGGAGAGAGCCGAGGCAGAGGCGGAGUCCGGAAAACAAAGGGAGCUAGAGCAGAAGCUGAAGUCUGCCCAGAGGGUCAAGGAGGGAAGCCAGAGCCGAGCCAAACAGCUCGAGGAGCUCCUGAGGGAGAAGCAGCUAGAAGUUCGCCAGAUGCAGAAGGAUUGCAUCCAGUAUCAGGAGAGGAUCAGCGAGCUCGGCAAGGAGACCAAAGCACUGCUGCUGAACAGAGAUGAGAUCAAGGUGGAACUGGAGGCUUCUCGCCAGGAGACCACAAAGGCACUCGAGGAGAAGGCCAAGACGGAGCAGGAGCUGUCUGAAUGCAAAGGGGAGUUGGAGGAGACUCAGAAAGCAGCCAGUCUGUCACAAGCAGAGAGUGCAGCCUUAAAAGAGACGGCGCUUAAGCGGGAGGCUGAAAUCAAAGCUGAAGCUGAGGAAACUCUCGAUGAGGUGAGGUACCGCCUGGGAGCGGAGAUGAAACACCUCGAGCUCCGAUUGGAAGAGUCAUACCGGGAGCGAGAAAGGGACGAAGAUGUGAUACAGGAGAUUCGAGAAGUUGCUGAGGUUUCCAAAAGAGACGCCCAGGGAAUGAAGGCCAGACUGGACGAGUCUCUGGCACGGCUGGCUGCGUUCUCACGUUCCAUGUCCUCUCUGCAAGAUGAUCGCGAUAGAGUGCUGGAUGAGGCCCGGCAGUGGGAGAACCGCUUCCACAGUGCCCUCCAGGGGAAGGAGGCAGAAGUGCAGACAGCAGAGAAAAAAGUUAGUGAGCUCAGUGAGCAACUGCAGAAGGAAACCACACAAAAGGAGGAGCUGCAGUUGUCACUAGAAAGACUGCAGAAAGCAGAAGCAGAGUGGCAGGCCAGAUGGGAUGAAGUGGAAAAGAAGCACAGUGACAUUGUGGCCGCUCUGGAGAAGGAGAGAGGGGACCUGAAGGAGUCGCUUACCCAGGCUGAGAGCUCCCUGGCCCAGGCACGGUCCCAGCUGACCGCCCUGGAGACGGAGGUGGAGGGGCAGAACCACAGGACGAGCGCUCUGGAGGAGGCUGUGGGGAAGCUGCAGGGAGAGCUCAACGAGGCCAGGACACAGCUGAGGGAGAGGGAGGCAGAGGAGAGGAGGCUUGGCCUGAGUCUGGAGCAGCUGGAGACCGACCUGAGGUCCUCCAAGAACCUGACAGAGUCACUGCAGGCUGAACUGAGUGAGAAGGAGAAACGAGAAGUUGAGCUUCUAGGAGAGAAAGAGCAGGCUGUGACAGUGGCUGUGGAAGAGGCCCGGCGGGAAGCAGACCUGAGGGCAGAGACAGCAGAGAAGGAGGUGGAGGAGAGGAGAGAGGAGGUGCGAGGUCUGGAGGAGAAGCUCCACAAAGCUGAAGAGGACGGCAAACACAGCAGAGCUCGUCUGGAGGCCUUCACCAAGGCCAUGGGUUCCCUGCAGGAUGACAGGGACCGUGUGCUCAGCCAGUACAAACAGCUGGAGGAGCGCCAUCUGCAGGUCAUGAUGGAGAAGGACGGGCUCAUCCAGGAGGCUGCCGGCGAGAACAACAGCCUGAAGGAGGAGAUCCGCACCCUGCUGGUCCAGCGCGACGACCUCCACGCCGAGAAGGCCAAGCUGGCCGCCCAGCUCCACAGCUACCGCGACGACCUGAACCAGGUGCUCAGCAUGAAGGACUCCCAGCACAGGCAGCUGCUGGCCGCCCAGAAGGAGCAAAUCAGCGCCCUGGAGCGGGAGAAGCAGGAGCUGGAGGCUGUGGUGCGGGACCUGGGCAGCCAGGGACACCUCGCAGGGGGUGAAGUGGGGGUGGAGGAGGAGAUGGUCGCAGUGGAGAGGGAGAGUCUGAGCCGGGCGGGCGCCGAGAGGAGGCGGCAGGAGGUGCAGGACGCGCCUGGCGCAGAGGUGGAGAAGCUGAGGGAGCAGCUGGAGGUGGCCAGGGCCCGGGCGGAGGAGCUGGAGGAGACGCUGGCGGCGGAGCGGGAGGCGCAGGGGGCCGACUCGAAGGAGCUGAGCGAGCUGCGCUGGGAGGGAGGCGUGCUGCGGACCGAGAGCGAGACGGCCGCGGAGCGCGUGGCCGAGCUCGCCCGCGACCUGAUGGUCGUCGAGCAGAAGCUUCUGGAAGAGAGGGAGUCGGCGGCCAAGCUGCGGGCGGAGAACGAGUCGUUCGGGCGUGCCAUGAGCUCGCUGCAGGACGCCAGGGAUGGAGCGGUCAGCGAGGCCCAGGAGUUGAGGCGCAAGGUGGAGGAGAUGUCAAAGGGAGGGCAGAAACAACAGGCUCCCUCUGGUGGCAGCUCAAAGGGAGAGGUGUGGGGGCUGAAGAACGCCCUCUCAGCCCUGCAGAACGAAAGGGAGAGACUGCUGGAGCACUUGCACAAGCAGGACGCAGAGCUGGGCAUGCUACGCUCCGGAGAUGUAGCCAAAGUGAUCCAGGAGAUGGCCGAGGAGCGGAAGAAGGCUGGUGAGAGGGUGGAGAGUAUGGGCAAAGAGAUAGAGGAGAAGGACAUCCAGCACGAGAUGGCCAAGCGGGAACUAGAGGUGCUAAGACUGGAGCAGGUGGACUGGCAGGCCCAGGCGGAGCUCCUGAAGCAGCAGACGCUGGUCACCCUGUCCGACCGCGACCAGCAGCUGCGGCAGCUCACGGCCAUGCUGGAGGAGGCUCGGGCUCAGCAGCCCAAAGUCACGCAGGAGCACUACCAGAGAGAGGAGAACCAGGCAGACAGCGCCCCCGGAGGCCCUCAGGAGAAAAGUGAGAACUACAGGGCAGAGGUGCUGGAGCUUCAGCGCAGGUUGGAUGAGGAGCUGGAGCAGAGGACAGUAGUGGAGGAGCAGCUCAUGGCUGCCCAAGAUCGCCUUAAAUGGUAUGCACAGGCUGAAUUGCAAUCUACAUCAGAGACGUCUGUCCUUAUUGAACCACCAGAGGGUGCUGUUACAAGGAGUCGGAGCGGUGGGCCCGGACUGGUACGGAUGCUGAGGGCGAGCCUCUGCUCUCGCCAGCGCACCCCUCUGCUGGUGUCUCUGUAUCUGUUGACGGUGCACGUGCUGCUGCUCAUGUGCGUGGGAGGCUACCUGUGAGAAAGAGAGAGAGUGCCACCUAGGGGUCAGAGAGAUGAACAAACACCAGCAAGACUUCAGAAGCACACACACACACACACACACACACACACACACACAAAUACUGUACGUUCAGAUUGAGCAAGGUGAUGAUGGUUAUGUACAAACCUAAAGGUGAUAAUAUUUCCAACUCCACAUACUGUAGAUCUGACAUCGAACCAGUCAGAGGGUGGACUGCUGACAUUGUCAGAGCCUUUCAAAAUGGCUGAAUUCAGGUUUUAAUGUUUAUUAAUAACACCAAAUUACCAUUCUAGAUGCUCACGUAAAUGUAUAAAUUAUAUGGAAGAAUAAAGAUGAGCAGCGCCAGCUGUGCACUACCUCGAAAUCGUAUUUCCUUGCCCGUGUUUGGGCACUUCCAUUUUAUGAAGGGACGUCAGUGUGAAGUGGCACACCGACCAUGCUUGAGCGCAAACUGUGAACACAUUGUGUAUUAGGUGCCUUGGGAUUUAAGUAAAGGUGGAUACUGAGCUUCGGGGGUUUGUUCAUCUCUCUCUCCGACCCGUUCUUCUCUCUAUGCCCACAAACCAGCCAUCACUUCCGACUACACUAAAGGACACCGUCACAUUUUGAUAAAAAGUUAAACAUAAAAAGAGAGAACCUUUUCUACUACAUUCCCUGUAUUUAUGAGCACCUUUUUAAAAGUUAUAUUUUGUUUUCAGCUCUUUAUUCCUGUAGUAAAGAGCACACAGAGUAGUUAAGGAUGUGCAAUGGUGUGUUUCAUUCAUCUUGGCCAUACAGGUGAAUGUGAAUACUGUGUGUCUGUGUGUGUGUGUGUGUUUGAUUGUGUGAGAGAGAGUGUGGUAAGGGGACUACUGUGUGUACCCAGUAUUUGUACAACAGUGUCAUUAUUCAUGUUGAACUACUUUGCCAAACGUGUGCAAUACUUCCAUUAACAUGCUAUAGAUUGGUUCCUGGGUUGUUCCCUUUUACUUUAACCCUUAUCACAAAAUCAACUUCUCACUCACUCAUCGUCUUACCAAUGAAAUUUAAGAAGCUGGUAGGCUACUACCUGUAAUAGGCUACUAUUACAAAAACUGUACUGUUAUUCAUGACUUUGAAAAUAAUUUAUUCCAUGAUUUGUGUCUUCGCUUAUAGACUGACUCUUUACGUCUCAUCCAAGUGUCCCCGUACUGCUGUAUACUGUAAUAGACCUGUUUGGCUGUAUAAAUGUAGACUGUUCGGACGGUUAUGUUGUUACUAUCGAAAGUGGAGUUUGAAGCACAGCCCAAAGUGGGUUAAUUAUUUGAUCUCUAACUGAUAUGUAAAAUACACUUCUGCUUAUAUUUCCAUUCUAUUCUUCUGUCUUUAGGGCUAUUUUUCAAAUAAAAAUAUUUAUGGGAA